AGUUAGUAAAUAUUUGUUGUGUUGUGGAGGAGCGGUAGAAGAAGUUCAUCUGUGCCUUAAACAAGUCAAUGAAUUUGAAUUGCGUUUAUAAUAUUUGUUACUUAAUACUUGUUAAAUAAGUCCAAUCAAAAUUAUGUUAUUUUACUAUGCUGUUAAUUUUGAAACGAUAUCCGAUUUUUAAGUAUUUAUGCAAAUUAAACUUUAAUUAAAGUUAGUUUGUGUGAAUUAAAAAUGUUCAUUUUCAAAAAAUGUUCAUCCUUUUUGAGUUAGGUCUGAAUUCUCUAAGUUUAGGUGUCACAAAUUGAAUUAAAAACAAUACGAUGUCACAAGAAUUUGUUCUUCAAAAUUGGAAUGAAGUAAAACUUAUAAAGAAAAAUACAAAAAGAUCAACCAGUAUAAAUAAAAAUACUGAAGUCUCGAAUUUUUUGGAGAUAUCUGAUCUUGCGAGUGACUCAGAAGAGAGCAUUCCUGAUUUUUCGGUCACGAAGCGCAAACUUCGAUCUAAAAAUAAAAAAAAAUUCUGUCCUGGACCUAAGCAAGUGCCUCAGUGGAAGAAAGGAUGGGGUAAUUCUCAGUGUACCCAAGGAAUAAAGUUGAUUUCACUUUUAGUCUUGGCCAUUGUUGUAAUAAUUCAAGUUUGGUUUGUAGUAAACCUAAACUCUCAUGUUCAAGAACUUAAGAGUCACUUUAGUGUGGUUGAAGCAGGUAACAAAAACACUCCUGAAACUUUACAUUCCAUCCAUUCUCAACUUAAAGAAUUUGAGAAAAAUGUGUCCAUCCUUGGAGCUGACCUUCAGAAAGUUAUCAGUGAAAUCUCUGUUUUGGGAAAGGAGGUAGAACAACUGAAACAAACUGCUGGCAGUCUGAAAGAGAGUAUAGCAGCAGCACCAGAAAUAAAGGAGCUUCCAAAGGAUGUUUCUUCACUUUCAGAGAAUGUAGCUAGUUUUGGAAGCAAAAUUACUGCCAUGGAGGCAACAAUAAAGGACAUGAAGUAUCAACAGGCCUCUCUACAGACAUCUCAGGAAGGCUUAAAACAAAGCCUUACUAAUUUUCAGGUACAAAUUCAAGCCUUGUCAAAUGUGACUGAAAAACUAUCAAGUUCACCUGGUGAAGACCAAACUGCUAAACUUAGAAAGGAACAACGUAUAUUUCAUGAUGAGUUAUUAAGGGUUGCCGAAGCUGUUGACAACAUCAACAUUUCAACUUUGCCUGUUAUCUCAAAGGUUAAUGAAAUAUUACCUCUUCUGGAGAAAAUUAAUGGCAGUGCAAGCUGGAGUGUAGAAGAUCUGAACAGUUUCUAUUCUGAAAUAAUGAAGAUCAAAGACUAUAUGUACCACAACAUCACUGGACAAAUACUAGCUCUUAAGUCAGGAGAGAAGGAUCUGGAACUUGCUAAAACUGAACUGAAAACUCCAAACCUAAAUACAGUGGUUAUACAACAUAUGAUUGAAAGUUCUAUUAACCUGGCUAUCAAAGAUAUGCUCAAUAACACGCUGACUAUUGGAACUAUGAGCAACACCAAUAUUACGUUGACAGAAAUUCUGAAACAAACACAAGAUGUCGUUCACACCUAUUUAGAACUGAUACAACAGUUGAAAGACCCAGUGGACAACCAUCUGUUGAACCAGUACAGCAAUGCUACUAAUGUUGUAGGUCAGCUACUUAAUUUAACAGUUAGCAGCUUAUUAAAGGAUCAUGAAGGUGAAUUACAGACACUGCAGAACAAUGUCAGCCAUUUGUUGACCCAAUAUUCCCAGUUAAAAACUGCUCAGGCAGCUACAGAGGAAAAGAUAAAUACAGUUAUAGCCAAAUUACAGCUUGUAGAAGUCUUGACACGAGACUUUCAGAAUUCAUCAGAAGUUACAAAUGCCAGUUCUAAAACAUAUUCAGGUUCUCUAGGUAAAGGUUCAAGUGAAAAGAACAAGAAUGCGAAGACAGGAAUAUUCAAAAGGAACCGAUUCCAACCACCCACGCCAUAAAUUGUUUAAGUUUCUCCUCCCUCAGAACUUUUUUUUGAUACCGUAACUAACAUAAAAUGUUUCUAUCAAAUAAAAACAAUUAAAGACUAGUGAGGAACUUACUGAACUAAAUGAUUAAGUUAAAAAUACGACAACAGCAACUCUUAUAAUAGGCUAGUUCUGAUUUUAACAAUUACAACAUUUCGACCCAUAGUAUCGGGUCAUCAUCAGGUAAGAUGGUUCCGUACUAUGGGUCAAAAUGUUGUAAUUAUUUUAAUCAGAACUUACCUACUUUAAAAGUUGCUGUCAUUGUAUUUUUGAAAAACAGUUAAAGUUUUAACAAACUUAAAUGAUGUAAGUAUCGAGAAUUGUAUUGUUCCCUCCUGAAAUAUGUAUAGUUUUAGCCCAUAUCGAAUAGCCGAAGGUUUGACGUUUAGAAUAGUUAUAUUGUGCUCAACUUCUGUGAAUAGAGUGGAGAAAGAACCUAGUUGUAUUACACUGUUUGUCUAUUGUAUGUGAUGUAUACAGUGGAUAAGUUUGUUUGAAUAUAAGUUAUCAACUUUGUUAUAUUUAAUGCUUAGCUUUCUUAUGGUUUAAGGGUGACUUUAGUGAGAAAGAGAUGUAAUAACCUUCUGCAUGCCAGAGGGUCUUCUAUCACUAAUUUUGUUUUACUUAAAAACAUGGUGUUCAACCUUACUAGGAUAUAAACAAGUUACAAUUCUAGCAUAUUGCUAUCAACUAUAAGUUUCAGUGAUCUAAAUCAACAUUAAAAAUUCCCGAAUUACUUUACAUAAAACGAUUUUGUAGUCUGUUUGUUUUGAUAAAAAACGUGAGUUCUAUUUUUUUUUAUCUCUGCCAUAAUUUUCAGUUAUCACAGUAUUGUAAUUUCUCUGUUUAUAAUAUCAGUUGUAUAUUUAGCGUUGUAAACCUUAAGUAUUUGAUUUUAGAAUGAACACCAAUUUCUCUGUUUAGUAUAUUGUUCUUAUGUAGUUUUUUUUUACAUUUCGUAUUUAUUAAUUCUGUGGUUUAGUUCCUUUUAUUAUCUUUGAUUGGUUUUAAUAUCCCAACUAUGGCACUAGAUUUAUCUAUUCAUUAAAAACAAUUAUCCAGUUUAUCUUAGAUUUAGGACUCUAUUAUUUCUUUCUGUGUAAUUUAGUACUUAGAAUAGGACAUCAUGAAUUAAUAAUCUAGAAUGAUACAUUUUAUAAAUGUUGUUGUAAAUGCCAUAAAAUUGAUUCACUGAAAUUAUCAUAUUCACUAGCUUUUUAAGUGUAUGAUAAGCUGUAACUAAUUUUAUGCCAAUAUUAACAUAACUACAUUUGUGUCAUUGAGAGUUUUAAACAUUUUAAUAAAAAAAAAGGGGUGGGGAGUAGAAUUAUUAGCAUCUAUGUUUUGUGUGCAUAACACACUCAGCAGUAGUGGCAGUUUUGAGAUCCUCUGAUGAGAUGUGGUAAGUUUUUCUUAUCUUGGUUAUCUUACCUGAACAAAGUUAGGCUGAUAAGGUAUUAAUAUUUCUUUCCUUAGUGAUCUAGGCAUAAGAUUUGAAUGGAAACUGUGCUUAUCUUAAACAUUUUUAGGUAGGGUAUUUAAGUGAGAAGUGUAGAUUAAUCAAUGAGACUGUUUCAUUCAUGAAUUUUAGGCAUGAGAAUUGAAUGAGAAGGAUAGAUUAAUUAAGGAGAUAUUGUGAUGGACUUGAGGCAUGAGGUAAGUGAGAAGGAUAGAGUAAUCAAGGAGAUAUUGUAAUAUCCUUGAUGGACUUGAGGCAUUAAAUGAGUGAGAAGCAUAGGUUAAUCAAGGAGGUAUUGUGAUAUCCUUGAUGGACUUGAGGCAUUAAAUGAGUGAGAAGGAUAGAGUAAUCAAGGAGAUAUUGUGAUAUCCUUGAUGGACUUGAGGCAUUAAAUGAGUGAGAAGGAUAGGUUAAUCAAGGAGAUAUUGUGAUAUCCUUGAUGGACUUGAUGCAUGAAAUGAGUGAGAAGAGUAUAUUAAUCAAAGAGUCAGUGAUUUUCUUGUGGUAUUUAAGGCACGUGACUUUGGUGAGAAGGGUAAAGUAAUCAAAGAGAGACAGUUGUUUCCUUGAUGGACCUUAGGCCUGUGGCUGGAGUAAGAUGAGAGGUUUAAACAUUUUGAUAAAAAAAAAAAGGAGUGUGUAAAUAGGAGCAUUGAAAAACUUCCUAAAUUGUUCUUUCCCUCUAGUAUGUUUGUUUUGAUUAAGGAAAAAUUGUGCAUUUUAAAAAUUUUUAGUUCUCAGACAGAAGGAAUUAGCUUACAGAUUUAUAUAUAAACUUUCUGUGGAAGUGCAGACAAAUUCGAUAGUCUUCGUUAGAAAGCAUGCGGUGUGGUUAUAAGAUAAUGUUAGUUUGGAUCAACUCACAGUGGAAUGAAGAAAGUGUGUUUGAAUGCUAGUUAAUAGACUAACUUGAUAUUUAACCUGUUUAGUAAAUGGUUAAUUCUUAAAAAGGGCGUGUCAGUACAGAUCAACUUAAAAAAAUAGUUUUGAUGCAGAAUUAAAAUACUUAAUAUUGGGCUUUAUUUACCUAAUGAAUUGACAUAUUAAUUCUUUUAUUGAAAAAACUUACCUUGAUUAAGAAGACAUUUUUACAUUUUAAGUCAACUUGAUAAUGUUCUGCAUGAGGAGGAUUGGUAAAUAGAAUGCCAUGCUCAAGUUUAUUGACUUUUAAUGAUUUGAUAAUCAAUGCUUUUUUUGCAAUAAAUUGAUUUUAUUGUCCAUAAAAGAGAGUGUUACAAUUCAACGUCAGCUAGUCGUGAGCGACAUUUUUCCUGGAUACGAAGGAUCUGUGGAAGUGGUCAAUUUUUGUUGUUGUUGUUGUGUGUAAUGAUCUUGUUUCUGCUUAGAGAAAGCAAACAAGAUCAGUGAUUAAAAAAACAUUCCUGUACGAUUAUAAGCUUUGUUGGAAAAUUAAUUCUGUGCAUGGUGAUGACAUCUUCGACUUCACUAGGAAUUGGUACAGUUAAAAUAAUAGAAGUGUUUCUGUUCAGGUGUUGUUCCUGGCAUAUUUUCGUAACAUUCCUAUUCAUAAGUCAAUUUUACUGCUUCUAAAAUAUUAUUAGGAGAACGAUUUCAUUUCUUAAGAAUUUAAAGGCCUUUAUUGAAAAUGAGUUUAAUUAAUUUCAUUUGUUUUUUCGAGCUAUAUUGAAGGCAUGUAUAUAUAUAUUUACGGUUUCCAUUAAAAUGAGACGCAACUAAAUCCAUCCUCGUGGAGUUUUGGACAAACUUUUCGCAUAUUUAAGCUGUUU